ACAGCAGCAACUUAUAAACACAUCUAUUCCAUAAUUUCUCUGACUGUGUGGGACAAAACAGGUAUAUUAUUUUAUAAACUUUUACCAUAUUAAGAACAGUUAUUGUUUAGUUUCAUACAGAAUAGCGUACUAGGUUCAGGUAGUGAUGAGAGAGAGAACUAACUUUUUUUCUUCUAUUCGUUGUAGCUAAAACAUAUUAUAAACAACGUCAGCGACUGUAUCCAUCUGCACCAAAAGAGCCUACGUUUAAAAUACCGGAAGAAUUUACCAAAAGUUAUGGUGACGAACCAUUUAUUUUAUAUGAUGGAUUCAAGAAAAAAUACCUUGGUCGAUUACUGAUUUUUUCAACAGCAACAUUGCUAAAUGUGUUAUUUACAAGUGAAUUAAUUAAUUCAGAUGGAACAUUUAAAAUAAGACCAAUCCUCUUCGAUCAAGUUUUUGUUAUUUUGGGAAUGAUAAAUGGUGAAGGAGUACCUUUGGUUUGGGCUUUGACAAGCUGUCGAUUAGAAGGAGUUUAUGAAAAGAUGUGGAAAGUUCUUCGUGCUUAUGCUGUACAAAAAAAUAUUACAUUUGCAGCUAAACGAUUUAUUACGGACUUUGAACGAGCUAAUAUUAAUGCUAUUGAAAACCAUUUUCCUCAGUCAGAAAUCAAUGGUUGCUGGUUCCAUCUAUGUAAAGCUCUAUAUCAACAUAUUGCUAUAUUAGGAUUGAUACCGGAAUAUGAUGAAGAUGGUGAUGUACGAAUGUGGUUACGUAGCUUUAUGGCUUUGCCGUUGGUACAUUGUGACACAAAUGCGAACUGA